GAUACAGUAGGCAAAGCAACCCAAUUGGCUGAAAUAAACAUGGUCAUCUAGCCUCUAGUCCGCCCUGGACAUAAGAAGCCCUCCACUCAACUCAACUUUUUCUCCCAGACACUUCGUUUCACUUCAUUGUGUCUCAAAGGAAGCCAAAAUGAGCGGUGUGCUUGUGCAGAAUAUGUCCUUUAAGACGGGACAGACUCUGACUGUCACGGGAGUCCCCAGUGCUGAUUCCACAAAUUUUGCCAUUAACAUUGGUCACAGCGCCGAGGACAUCGCUCUACACAUGAACCCUCGAUUUGACGCCCAUGGUGACCAGCGCAUUAUAGUGUGCAAUUCAUUCCAGGACGGCAAAUGGUGUGAGGAGCACAGAGAGGCCAGCUUUCCAUUUAAUCCGAACGAGGAGUUCCAGAUAAAAAUCACUUUCACCAAUGAGGAGUUCCUGAUGACUCUUUCUGAUGGUUCUCAGAUUCGCUUCCCUAACCGUCAAGGCGCUGAGAAGUACAAAUAUAUGUUCUUUGAAGGAGAGGGCAGGAUCCAUGGGAUCGAAAUUAAGUAGAAAGUAGACUAAUCAACACUUGAAUAAGGUUUCUGCCACUUAUCCAGCUCUGUUAUCCCACAAUUUUCACUUACUCAGUAUGGAGUAUCUCUAUCACACUAUUAUCACUUCUAUGUCAAAUCAGCCUUAUGAAUUUGAUGUGGCACUGCCUAUCUAAACCACUAGAGGGAGCACAACCACAAUAAAUUGCCAUGAGCUUCUCCAUUUUAUUUUUCCUACUACCUUUCUGUAAUAAAACAUCAUGUUCUUAGGUCUGGUUUGUAACUAAAGCAAAUUCACUAGCUAUAGCUGUUGGCAUAUAAAAUAAAACUUGUUUUCACAGAUAAA